AGAUGUCGAUCUGGAAGAAGAUUUACUGGACACAUUAGGAGAAUUAAGGUAUCACGUGGUUCAAGAAAAAGUUACAGCAAAGGCUCUGAUGACGUACAGUAACAAUCCUUUGUUAUUUGCAGUAAAGGUUAUUUCUUUUAUUAUAAUUAUAGUUAUUUAUGGUCCUAUUAACAAGUCAGUGUUAAUUCGUAUUUAAGUUAGCUUCUGGACUUCCAUUACACUUUCCGGCGCCUGCAGGGUGAAGUGAAAUAUCGGCAUCACACAAUUCUCAAGGGGUUUAAGGCCUGGGUCAUGCUUUAAAACCAGUUAAUAAAAAGAAACCGCUGUAUGUUCGUAAUAGUUCGACUACAUGUUAUGAAAUUUUCAGGGAUAAUAGUUCCUCGGAGGAACUUUUGCCUUAACGUGGUUCUGUUCAGUAAGGUAAUGACGUAGAAUGCCACGUGACUAAAACAACACAUGUUUACUUUUUGUGGAAAUUGGUGGCCAAAUAAAAAAAAAUUACAAAAAACAAAUGGCUUGCCAAGACAAUUAGUAAAUUUGUCUAGCCCUCUACGUUUGGAAUGAAUUUGCCCCACGUUUUCAACGAAAGCUUGAUAAGUAAAUAUAGUAAUUCACAAACUUUUGUAAUCUUAAUAGCACUUUUCUCUUUACAAACUUUUCAAGGCGGCUCAUUCCAAACGUGAGUUUCAAGCUCCUUUAUUCGUUCCUUUCAUUCGCUAAAAAAAAACAGCUAAGGAAAGAACACGGCACCAACGAGAGCUUUAUCGGUGCCUGUAUGUCGAAAACAAAAACCGCCGCCAUCUUGGUACUUUUCGUCCCGUGAGUAGAACCUGGACCGAAUGAACACUUGUUUCCGCUGACUGUUUACAAACUAGAACGCGCACAAUCAAUAUGGCGGACAAGAUACGAAACUAAUACAUCGAGGAUAAACACUCAAAUUCCAACAAAAUAGUUUAAAAGCAACAGAUUUAUUUUACUUUUCUACAAGUCUGACAGCUACCGUAAUCGUCAAAAAAAUUAAUUAGCUCUAAUGCUUGACAUUUUUCUUUCGAUUAAGAACUGUACUACGCGCGUCUGACUACGUGUACUGAAGAAAAGUGGCGAUAGCGUUUCACUUGCACACAAUUAUUAAGCUUUUUGCUUGAGCUUUUUUCUUUCGUCGGCUACCUCUACGUGUUACGUUUUCAAAGGACUGUUGAUGGUCAAAACAUCAAAGCGAGCGUACGCUGAGGAGCUAACUCGUUUUGGUGAUCGAUAAGCCCCAGAGGAUGGCGGAGAGGGAGGGCACACAUGAUGCAAUUUGAGUUAAUUUAUCCAUAGGCCGCAAACAUUAAGUGCGAACGUCUAUACAGUUGUAUUUUACGGAGAUACAGUAAUGAAGCUGAGCUGGGAAAUGGACAGUUUGAGCCACGUAAAUUAUUUUAAAAGCUUCAAACCCGACAAAUAGCUGGCCUUAUUAACCUCCCCUCCCAUACUAAAAAUACUUACCACCCUCGAACGCGCGUGUUUCGCGCCAAUUUCCCAAGGUCAAUCUUAUUAAAGUCACUUGGACAUCAAAAAGUUGAACAGUGGUAGGACAAACGGUUAAAAAACGCAAAAAACAAACCAAAAAAAACAACAACAACAACAAACAAACAAAAAACAAACCAAAAAAAGAAAACGAGAGGAGAGAGAAAUAUGUAGCACAAAAUGUAAGUUAACAUGGGUAUUGACUGUGGCUUUGCACGAGUGUUUUUGUGGGAGACGAAGUCUAUGGCCAAAAAUAAUGUAAAGAAAAAGGAUGAUGAAACAGAAAGGUCCUAUAAAUGCCGCCUGCUUAAUGAAAGGCAUCGACUAUACAUGGAGAAGUUCAAGGAAUAUCCACGUUUACAUGUCAGCAAAAGUAUUUUUUUUUACAUAUUCAUCUUUAAUUAUAGGUUUUUCUGCAAUAACAAUUGCUUUACAAAAUAAAGCCAAGUAAAGUAAGCACAGAAUAAUUCAAUGUAAAAAAUUACAUUUUACAAAAUUCUCAUUGCUUUAAAUGGUAGGUCUUUUCCUCAAGAAAUACAAAGCAAUUGAUGAAAAGAUUGCAAAAUGGGCACCCCCGAUUAAAAAACAGCAAUAUUUAACUACAUUUUCAUCAUCAAGUUGGCAAAGAACUACACAAGGACGAAAAACGUUGCACCAGUUGGACAACUGCAAGUGUUGUAUACAUAUGCAUCCAGUUGAAUGUAGUCUGUACCCCCGAAAAAAUGGUUGUGUGGUGACAGAGGGAGCCAUUCACUGAACUGCGAAAUCAAGCAAAGAAGCUGACAAGCACUAACUCUCUUAACCCAUCGCAAAAGGAAGGAACAGCCAUAUACAACGAAUUUAAUGAUGUGUGCAAUAACAGGUUGGGCAAGUCUUUUGGUGAUGUCCUUACAAUGGUCCCAAAAGGCUGGCCUCCAGAAAAAGCUAUCACCUGCAGAAGCAAAGGAAAAAAACCGUCAACCAAAAAGGAGAUUUAAAAAGAAUGUGGAAGAUGGAUGGAAAAAAAUGAUGUCGCCCUGCAUCUUUUACAAAGGACAUCAUAUGCGACACGAAAAUGCAGAGGAUCGAACAGUGCUUUGAAACCCUAGACGAGGCCAAAGAGCGCAGAGAAAGAGCCCCAAAACGGCAAAAAAGAUCACACACUCCCAGUAAAAUCAGUGGCAACUUGCAGCUACUACUGGCAGAUGUUCCACAAUGGAAGAAGGUAAACUGGACAGAGGAAGCGAAGAAAUAUAACAUCUGUAAGGAGGGCGCAAGCAAUCCACCAGCAAAUGCCGGGCAGCUGCUUAAGGAGUAUUUACACAAGAAAGGAGUUGACACUGAAGCACUUGAACAACAGAAAAGUGAAUUACAAUAAAUUUUGAUUUCACUAAAAAUAAUUUUAAAAAGUAUGUGGUAAAAUUAAUGUAUGUUCUGCUGGGAAACAAACAAACAAAAAAAGAAUGAAACUUUUCCUACCAAAAAUAAUUAUCUAUGCUUAAUUUGGCCCUUUUGUUUGUCCUUUGAAGGACCAAGAAUUAGGAGAGCACUGAAGAAGCAACAAGGUGGAGAGGUUUCAAUGCCAGUACAUCGCUCUAACAGCCUCAUUGGGAAAGAAAGUCAGGAAAAGAUAGAUUCAGGCCACUUCAAUCUAGGUGUUCCAGUUCUUGAAACAGAAUACACCAAACUUGUCAUCACUUCAGGGGGAAAAAUUGAGAAGCGCCCUUGCAAGUUAACCGCCAGAAAAUAUCCAUUAUCAGAAGUUAGAGAGAAAUGCCUUCUUAAGAAUGAAAAAUACGUGCGUCUAAGAUCAGAUGAGGACUAUGAUGUUCAAGGUGCUGAGGAUGUAAAGAAACGACUUAUCUCCCUCAGUGAGAUGAAAGCAUGUGAAGGUGGUUCUCCUGAUGAGCUACGGCAACAUUUGAAGGAGGUGGAAAGAACAAGGCACUGGCUGAUCUGGCAUGUCCAUGCCGGAGUUGCAAGCAAUGGCCUUCUCUUAUUCUUAUUACGAGAACUUUACGAUUCUGCCAUUAACUUGACAAGCGAAGAAUUCAUGGCAAAAAAACAACCUCACCAAAAAGAUAGACAUUCAAGCAGAAGUGGAACAGCCUCAUCUGUACAUUAUGGGUGUGUGUGGCAGUUCAGAUGCUGACCAGAUGCUUUUCACCCCAACACGGCAAGAAUGUUUACGAGGCCUCGCACUGCUAAUCCAAAUAAAAGACAUCAGCAUUACUGACAAAAUGAGGUUCAUGAAUGGAGACAAUCCAAGUGUGGAGUUCGAAGAUGAAACACAAAAAGGUGGUCAUCGAGGAUGUGUUGGCUGUGAUGGAGACAUGUGACGUUCUUCAGACUUUCAGUACAUGUCACACAGAAAGUACCACACUCUGGAAGAAAAGCAAAAUUUAGUCCUUGCUGGGCCUGAGGGAAGAAAAGGAGGACUGUAUCCAUUUAAAAACCUGAAGGUUGAGCUUCAUGAGAGGGGGAAGGAUGGCAGUGGUACAAAGCAAGAACUCCAAGAGAGACUUACAGACAUUCUGGGUGGAACAACACGAGUUCCAGCACUGCUGUAUGGUGACAUUCCAUUUAGUUUGAAAGAUUUAAAUUUAGAACAUUAUGAAGUCUUAUUUUUUGAGCCCCUGCAUUUUUGCUUAAAUCAAAUAGCACCUGUUCUGGAUAAACUACCACACCAUAUUACAGAUGUCGAUGUACUGGUGACACUGAAGGAAACACUUUCCAUCACACUUAAAAAGGACAAGCUUCGCUGCACUGACUACCGACGCGCACUUUUACAAGUUACCAUUCUUUUGGCUGAAGAAGCAGAUGAAAGUGUUUUGGAGCUGCUGACCACUCUCGCAGAAAUGAUGGGUAUUUUCUACUCAAAGGAAGACAGCAGAAAUCCAAAGCAAAUAUUGCGACUUACAAACCUGUCGUUUAAACAUGCACUGGCGGUGAGGACAGUAUUAACUCCACCAAAGACUAUGACCAAUCGCAAACUUUAUGGAAUCUAUUACCACAGUGCUGUUCAUCACGCUGCUGUCAUAUAUAGACUGGUUUGCCUUUCAUCUAUUAAUGCAGAGUUAUUUGAAAGAUUCUUUGACAGAAUUGUAGACAUCACGAGAAAGACAUGGAGCAAACAAGCUGAAGAUCUGGUCCCAAAUGCAUUUCUACACAUACAAGGAGAAGAUUACACUGCAGGGGAAAACACGGUGACCGUACAAGAGAGGGAAAUUUCCAAGCUGGCAAAGAAGUUACUGGUGAGAACCAACACAACAGUGGGCAGGGAUCUGUUGACAAAGAAGCCAAGUCUGUGGCAGUCUCAUUUGAAAAUAAUCAGUGAUUUUCUGCAGCAAGGACAAGGAGUGUGGUGGCAUUGGAAAGAUGAUGGUUCAGUGGAAUUUCAUGAUGGUCCCAAUGAAGCAACAGAUCGCUAGCAGGGCCCAAGUAUGUCACAUUUCAGAUCAAGUUCAAUUAAAGAUGUUCAAAGCAGUUUGGAAACUGCUUGGCAGCAAUGUCAUGAGAAACCUCAAGACCUACCUUUGUACAAGCUAAGAGAUAACAGUGGAAAGCUUGUCUACAGCAAGUUAAAUGAAGCAGGCCCACCUGUUGGUGAAACAGAUGAUUCAGAAGAAACAGAGGUCCAUGAGCAGCAACGGGGUACAGGUAAUUAAUUUCAUCAUACAAGUGUGGCAAUCAGAACAAAAGUUUAAGAAAGAAUGAUAUAUCCAUAUUAUUAUAAGACAAAAUACUGUAUAUGUGCAUUUGAACAUUACAUGCACAACCUUGAGCUGCAACAUGUACAUUUCCCUUUUGCAGAAAAAGAAUACACAGAGGAAAAUUACAUGUACACCUGUGCAACAGUGUUUAAGUUUUACACGAUGUGAUAUCAACAAACAUAUUUCAUCCAAUAUGUCAAAAAUUGCUUUGUGGUUUUCCUGUACUUGUAGAUGAAUGCUUUCCAGGAAGGCACAAAUGGUGGCAAGAAAGAUUUAACCAAAAACUGACUUUAUCUCAAACCACUAUUUUAUACGAUUGGAACAAAGAGUCAAAUAAAUGGGAAGUCCUUAAGUAUUGUUUGAUUGUGGCCAAAUAUAAUGAUUGUUUUUGCAACAAGCGUACGCAACAGCAUCCUGGACUUUGACAGUUUUCUACUGCGUCUUAAAAACAAAAUUGAUAUUCUUUGCACCAUAGCUUUUAGAUCUAACCGCUUACAGCAAUUUAAAAAACAUGGGAAAAACUUCCUUAAAUAUGUGAAUGCUAGCGUCAUUCCCAUAAAACAUAUUCCUUUAAGCUACACUGUACUGCUGUACUAUUUCACUCACUCAUUAGAUUAGCAUCUUUUCCCCUUUAGUUUAGUUUCUCUCCGUUUCCUUUUUUAGCCCGACGUGAAAAUACAAAAUAGUUUGAAUAGUUAAAAGAACAAGUAUUUGUAAUUAAAAAUUAAUUUAUAACAAAAGAAGGCAAAAAUAACUUCAAAGAUCAAUUAUCUACUGAUCACAACAAAUAACAUAUUCACUUAUUUUGGACAAUAAUCCAUAAAAACAAUAAAAUAAUGAUAAUCAUGGUAUUGUAUCCUCACUUUUUCCUUUUCUCCAAAGAAACAUCUAAUGAAGAAGAUGAGAGUGCUGAAGGUGAUGGCAAUGAAGUCACUGCUGUGAUUUUCAGAGUGGAUGAAGAAGAUGAGACAAGACAAGAACAACAAGUUGAAGAUGACAAUACAGGGGAAAAAGGUGAAGAAACAAGUCAAGAACCAAAUGAGCCUGAGGAGCAGCAAACAGAGCAUGAACCAGACCGACAACUUCCUGAACAAAACACAGCAGAUGAAAGUGUACAACAGCUCUCUUCUAAAACAGCAAAAGCAGCAGAGGUGGUGCUGGGAAAAACUCCUGAUGUUGUGCAGCUAGACAAACUACGCACUAGCCUUAACCGCAACCCAAAAUCCCGCCAUUGUAUCAAAAGAUAUGAAAGUCAUCUUGCAAAAAUACAAGUUUUUGUAUUAAAAGCCACAAAACAACUUAAAGGUCAAAUGAAUCAAAAAUUCGACAUUUUUUAUUUUAGUUCAAUUCUAGUGAAAUGUGUUUAAUAUGAACCAAAUAAACAUACUAUGCAGUUUCAGCUCAAUUGAAGCAAGUAUCUCCGAGAUAUUUGCAAUUAAAAAUUGCUAUUUUUUGGCGCUUAUCUUCGUAGUGCGGUCGGAAAAAUUGUCGGAAAAAACAGCUUGUGACGUCAAUGUUGGUCAGGUGAAAGAAAGCGGGAAAUUCAAAACAUAGUUUUUCGAGUCGACUUGGCGCAGAAGUGGUUUGUGUGGCCAUAAACCUGGAAAGAACAGGCAAUUUGUCUUCAAAAGUUGCAAGCUGUGGUUAUAACCUUCUUAUUAUUUAAUUUUCUCGAAGAAUACACAUCAUAGUAAAACGGACUUUAACGACCCACCCAAAACCAGGAAACCUAUUCGACGCUAAACGAACAAAAUGGGAUGACCUAAGCCUUAUGGUUUCUUUUUGGGCUUCCUCACCACAUUGCUUCUGCGUGUUUCUGUAUACUUGUCAUUUGCUUUGUUUUGUUUUUUUUUGUCGGUAAAAUAAACUGAAACUGUACAAAGACCCUCAAUAUUCCCUUUGGAGGUUCUCGAACGCGCAUAAAAAAAAUGAACAACGCGAUGAUUUAUUGACCGCAAGGGCAAUGGGGUGGGGUUAGGGCUCGUUACUGCGCUCCGGUUCACUCCCAUGCUGUCAAAUGGUCCCGAAAUACAAAAUGAAAAAUGGCUGUGGACAGACUAUUCACGUCUAGACAUCAAGCAUCUUUUAGGAUGGGACUUAUCGCCUCUCCCUGUUCAUGGAGUUGAUUCAAGGUGUUGACGUUAAUUUCGUGAUGCCCUGCAUGUUGUCAGGACAUGUUUCAAAAGGGCCUUUCCAAAGGUACAGAGUCCGUCGUCACCUUGUCAACCGUGCGAGAAAUGAUGUACUUCACAAAAACAAAGAGAAGUUAUUUUCGAUUUGCCCCGCCCCCUACCCCCGAAAGUCCCCGACAGGACCGCUUCAAAGUACUCCCCAUGUGGUUGCGCGGGGGAUAGUAACAGGUCUACCUAAUUGUACCGUGCAUCAAUGACAGUUUAGCUCAAUCAGAAGAACCUUUCCCCUGGCUAGUUCAAGGUGUGUGCACCUCCUUUAAGCUGUUGUUUUCGGUUCUAACUGAAAUUUUUGAUCUUGAGGAAAUUCACAACGACAGGAGCAGGUUAUGGCAGGAGCCCAUCAAAUGGAGCCUCCAUCUCCAUUAAUUUCUUGAGUCAACCCUUUCCCGAGUAGAUUUAUAAAUAGAACGGCUUGUUUCCCGCGAAAAGUGUCAUAUGUCCGUGAGUCUCGUAUGUCACCGUGAAAAAAAUGAAGUUGGAUGAAGUCGAACUCAGAAGCCCGUCCUUCGACCGUUUUCCUUUUUUACUAUACGUCCAUUUUUACAGUUUUACAGCCGCUGGGAUCUGGGAUGAAAUAAAAGUUAAUGAAUUACCCGACUGAGACUGAGCAUGAAGCAAUGGGACAAAGGCAGCGAACUGAGGAUCACGGAAAGGUUCUUUGCGAGUGUUUGUUUUUGUUUUUUUUUUUUUGGCGUCAUCAUCCCACAUUUAAGCGUGCACCGUGAAAAGAGUCGACGAUUAAGCGUUCUGUGGACGAUUUGAAACUUUUCGAUGAUCAGCGUCGAAAAAGUGCCAGGAUCAUUUGAUUUUUGUUAUCGCCGUGGAGUGGAUUUCGUCAGUUAAGCACCGCGUGCAAAAGUGAUGGCCUAAGUAGCAACUAAGGAGGAAUGCUUCAGAAAAAUUGCAGUCUUCCUUUACAACUGACUUGUAUCACCAUGAGAGUUGCCUGAUAAAACUGGCACUUACAAAGUUGAACAGAAGACAACAGUUGCUCGACCGUGAAGCUAACUCAAAAGUAAUUUGCUAACGGAGGAAUUUGUGACAUCGCGCUCCAGUGCAAAGACCCUCUUAUCUCAAGGAAAACAAAAUGGAUUGUAUCUGCGACAAAAGAAUUAUGACUGACUAACAGGAGAAUUCUCAGCAAUUAAUUUAGAAGUUUAGGCCAAUUCUUUCCUUCGAAUUCGCAUCUGUAGAUCACUUUUUUGCGAGAAAACAAUGGCUGGGCUCGGCGUUACAAAACAUAGCAGGGAAUCAUCACACUAACGGACGGACAAAACAACCACAGUAUUUAUUCAGACAAACGCAUUUCGGAGAAAAACUUGAAAAACUAGAAAUUUGAUUAAUAUUGAGUCAUUUAGCCGAAAUAAGAACCUUAACGCUAAAAAAAAGUGGCUAAAACGAAUCCUGUCAGAACUACAGACUGCAGGUAGUAGUUAAUCAUUACGCAUGUAACAGACCAGCUUCAUGGCCUCUUAUAAAUGUGAGACAAGCAACCAAAAUUAAGAUUAACAUAGUCAGAGUUUAAAACUCUCCACAGUAUAAUCUACCCGCUAGAAAGAAAAGAAAGAAAAUCUCUGAGGGAUGAAAACGCUAAAGUCACGUUUCACUAGCUUAUGAUUUUGUUUGGCCUGUCAGCACCGGAUUUCCUGCUGUUUCAUGAAGUACAAUAGCACUGUCAUUUAGUCGUUGUGAUUGGCUCUUCCCACCGUCGGCGCGCGAAGUCUCCCCUGGGAACCGUUCUAAUUAUAAAUCUACUCGGGAAAGGGUUGACUCCAAGGGCUUGUAUGGGAGAUGGAGGCUCCAUUUGAUGGGCUCCUGGUUAUGGGCUUUUUUCCUAGCCCUAAUCCUACAUCACGGGAAAUCCCUCAGGUUAGGCAAGAAUUCGAUAAUCCUUCCAUAAUCAUCCAUUUUUUCACCGCGUGAAUUGCGUAUUUUUAGCUUAUUUCGAGGAAAUACUUUUUGCUUCAAAUCCAGGGUGGGCUUUUAAACACAUUUUUUAAGCCAAAUGGUUUUUGCGAGAAUCUGCUUACCCGAACUUUUCGCAUAAAAAACGACAAAUACCCGAAAAAUGCUCAUGUUGUUGGUGGUAGUGGCAUGUUUCCGAUAAAUUCAGCUCAAUGUCUCGUGAAGAAGAGUUCAGAUCCGUGCCCCGCGCCUCUCGAGGCAAGCGUUUCGUCAAAAUGCGAGCCCAACAACAGGUGGUAAGCGGUCAAUCUGUGAAAAGUAACGCAAUCUCCGUCGUUUGAGAGCAGCCGAAGAUGCUCUUGCCGAUGCUGUCCUUGAUGGUUUUUAUUUCCAGCAUCUAGGAAACCCAUGCUAAGGUAUGAAACAUACACUCGUAGGCAUUGUUCUGUCCGCUAAAGUCUAAUUCCUGGACGCAGAAACGUUGUGCUUUUUGAAGUUUAUUAUUGUACUUUGCCCUUUGACAACCUUACGUGACUCGUGCGUUUGGUAGCAGAAGAUGGCUAAACUCUGCUUUUCUUGUUAGAAAACGGCUUUAAAUUUUAUCAGAUCGCUCGAUAAACACGUGUUGGUUUCUGAUAGCUGAUAACGUUAAAUCGCUGUUUCUCAAACUGAUUUCUUAUUGCAUUUUUCUGAGUUUUUAGC